AUGGAGUUCCGAAGCCUCGCCCGACCAGCCGCCCGGCUACUCAAGUCCCCCGCCUCAGGGCUCCCUCUUAUUCCUAGCCGCGGUCACAAGACGACGGCUCGAACGAAGCGGUCACUCAAGAUUGCUCCUCACGAAUCCUUCCAACCCGACCGAAAGACCGCCUUUCCCGCCGCCGACUCUAUCAUCUACAACCCCCCCGCCUCCGAGGCCUCUCCCCUCCAUACGCCAUUCCUCUUCCUCCCUCCCAAUGAUGCGCGCCGAGCCGCCAUCACACGCCUUCGUCACACUCCCGGCUCACCUGUGGCUCCUCCCGCCGAAGGCAAACUACCUCCAGCAAUGAACUAUCAUCGCCGAGACCCCAACUACAACCUCAAGGCUGCCGACAUUCAAGAAAUGAAGAGACUGCGAGCGGAGGACCCUGUGACCUGGAGUGUAAACAAGCUUGCUGAGAAGUUUGGUUGCUCAACAAUCUUUGUCAAGAUGGCUGCGCCAGCGCCGGCGGGACAUCUCAAGGCCCUCCAGGCCAAGCAAGAGCGGAGAGAGGCUAGGUGGGGUGCUAUCCGGACCAAAGCAAGGGAGGAUCGCAAGCGGAGGACAGAGAUGCUUUACCGCGGCGAGUUGUAG